UGUAGGAAGCAUGAAGAUGAGAGUGAAAGAAUCAAUAAUGGUAAAACCAAUGGAAGAAACUCCAAGGGGCAGUGUGUGGCUCUCCAAUUUAGACUUAGUUUUUCCUAACACCUACCACACUCGGUGGAUGUACUUGUACCGCUGGGAUGGCGCCGCCGGCUUCUUCGACACGGCAACUCUGAAGGCAGCUCUGAGCCGAGCCCUUGUUGAGUUCUACCCGUAUGCAGGGAGGCUGAGAAAGGACGACAACGGCCGCCUUGAGAUCAACUGCAACAGGGAAGGGGUGUUGUUCGAGGAGGCAGAAUGCGACGCCACCCUCGAUGAGUUGGGUGAUUUCUGCACACCCCGGCCUGACCUCAACCUCGCCCCCACCGUCGACUAUUCUCAUGGAAUUUCCACUUUUCCACUUUUUCUGGUGAAGUUAACUCGUUUCAAAUGCGGCGGAGUGAGCUUAGGCUUGGCCAACGAGCAUCACACAUCUGACGGGAUCUCCGCAACCCAUUUCAUCAACACGUGGUCCGAAAUCGCUCGCGGCCUAACCACCGUCCCUACUGUUUCCUUGGACCGCCGCGUCCUCUCGGCGCGCAACCCCCCGCAACCCCGCUUCCGCCACAUCGAGCACCAACCCCCUCCGCCGCUCAAAACCCCUCUCGAUGGCGAUGGUGGCACAACAUUCUCCACAUUCAGGCUAAGCCGCAAUCACAUCAACACCCUCAAGCAAAAAUGCAAUGAUGGUUCGAAUUAUACCAUGUACGAGGUGGUGGCAGGCCACGUGUGGCGCUGCGUCAGCAUUGCCCGCGGCCUGCCACCAGAUCAGGAAACGAAGCUGCAGUUACCGGUGGACGCGCGGCAGAGGCUACGGCCCCCUCUCCCGCUUGGAUACUUCGGGAACGGGAUCUUCUACACCGGCGCAUUUGCUCUGAUUGGGGAGCUGGAAUCGAAGCCGUUGAAGUUUGCGGUGGAGAAAGUGCACGAGGCAAUCGUUAGAAUGGACGAUGCAUACAUGAGGUCUGCUAUGGAUUACUUGGAGUUGCAUUUGCGAAAUGUGGAAGGCAUUGUUCGCAGCCAAAACAAUGUGAAAUGCCCCAAUUUCGGGAUAACGAGCUGGGUAAGGCUGCCGGUUCACAAGGCGGAAUUCGGGUUGGGGAAGCCUGUUUUUAUCUGUCCUGGCGGAGCUCUCUCAGAAGGAAAGAGUUUUCUGUUUUCUGAUCAGGAAAAUGAAGGGAUCGUGUUUCUUGCAAUCACGCUGCACCAACCACAUAUGGAACGAUUUCAGAAGUUGCUAUACAACAACGAUUCAUGCAUCAUGUCUAAUAUUUAAGCAUUCUAGUAAUAAGUUCCUUCUUUUUAUUGUUCACGGUUGGUUAAUGUGUGUCCAUGUGUGUUUGUACUACUAAGAAUUGAAC